CACACACACACAUAUACACCAGCCAGCCACCAGCCUGCAGCCUGCACGGUGUGAAGAGUGCGACUUGCAGAAGGCUCGCAUUGUUUAGCAGGUGUCGAGUCGUCGGAGUUUCCACGGUUGCUGUUUAUUUUCAUGUCGCUGUGUAAAUGCCAGCGAUUUCUUCAAUGAUGGUUGAGAUAGGGAGACUGUUUGACGCAGUCGGCGUUCUUCUCCAUGUGCCAGUGUUUUCUUCCUAAUACGAUACACACCCAAGGUUUUCCUCCCCAGUUCAGUCGAGACAUGCUCGUUUUUGAGACCGGCGCUUCCUAAUGAUUACUUAAAGAGGAGUAAGGAGGAAGAAUGAAAAUGCUUCGCUUUCGCAGUUCCAGCAUCAAGUCGUUAAGUCAAGAUAUCAAAUGUACAAUCAGACACCUGGAUGACACUGAGCUACCUUGUAUUAUCCAGAAGGAUGCAAAAGGACAAUUCCUCAUUGAUUAUAUCUGCAAACACUUCAACUUGUUGGAGAAGGAUUACUUUGGCAUUAGAUAUGUUGAUCCAGAGAAGCAAAGGCAUUGGCUAGAACCCAACAAGACAAUUGUAAAGCAAAUGAAAUCUCAGCCUCCCUACACCAUGUGCUUCAGAGUGAAAUUUUAUCCUGCAGAACCAAUGAAGGUCAAAGAAGAACUCACCAGGUAUUUACUGUAUCUUCAAAUUAAAAGGGAUAUAUUUCAUGGACGCCUGCUUUGCUCCUUGUCAGAUGCGGCUUUCUUAGGUGCAUAUAUUUUACAAGCUGAAUUGGGUGAUUAUGAGCCCAAUGAACACCCAGACGGUUAUGUUAGCGAAAUCAAAUUGUUUCCUAAACAAACACAGAAGCUGGAAAGAAAAAUGGCAGAGAUUCAUAAAAAUGAACUAAGAGGACAGAGUGCGGCUGUUGCUGAACUGAACCUCCUGCAAAAGGCUCACACAUUAGAAACCUAUGGCGUGGAUCCACAUCCCUGCAAGCCAGUGUAUUCGUGCAAACAGGCCGCCGUAACUUCUCCAGAAGUGCGGCGGAGAGGGAGCAGCUUCGAGGAAAUUCCCAGCCAAUUUUUCCAGAACUCUGAUUCCUCAGGAGCAACAGCUUUCAUAGGGUUCACUGCCACAGGUUUUGUCGUGUUCCAAGGGAAUAAACGGAUCCACCUCAUAAAAUGGCCUGAUGUCAGCAAAUUGAAAUUCAGUGGGAAGACGUUCUGUGUUCAUGGUCUUCAGAAAGAAAAGAAGAUUGUGCUGACAUACCAUACCUCAACACCAGAUGCUUGUAAACAUCUUUGGAAAUGCGGUGUGGAGAACCAAGCAUUUUAUAAGUAUGCAAAAUCCAGUCAAAUUAAGACGGUCUCCAGCAGCAACAUAUUUUUCAAAGGCAGGAGAUUUCACUUCAGUGGAAGAGUUGCCAAAGAGGUUUUAGAAGCAAGUACCAAAAUUCAGCGCACCCCUCCUGAAGUUCACAGGUUUACACUUGCUCAGAGCCGCAGUUGCUGUUCUCUGUCCAAGCAUCUGAUAACAAAUGUGGAAACCGUGGAGUCGUGCCUCCCAUCCCCCACUGAGUCUGAGGAGCACCCCACUAUGGACGAUGGAGAACUGUUAAAAUUAAAUGAUGAAUCAACACCAGAUGAGGAAGAGGUAAAAGAGUUGCAUAAUAAGUUAAUAGAAAUGGAAGAAUCAGGAUGUGAAAACCAAGAGGAAAAGAAUGAAGAUUGUCCAACUAUAUCUGAGUUAGUGUACAAUCCAAGUACCAGCGUCCUGCCUACACCUGUGGAAGAUGGUGGGAUGGAUUUGCUUUUCAAUAGUCAUUCAAUUGGGAAUCAGAAGGAUAAUGAAGGCUCAUACAAUGAGUUAGAUGCAACUGAAACUACACCGCUGAUUGGUGAUGAGGAGGAGCUGAAGGAGGUGAAGUGGGUAUUUUCUAGGAGUUUUGAAUUGUUGACAAGCAACAGACAUCUGAAUAUGUUGUCAAAGAGCUUUGUGAAACUGCUUCUGGUGGGACUGGGAUUGCUGCUGUUUGCUUUCCCACUUCUAUUGGUUUUGCUGGAAUCUGACAUUGAUGCUUCUUUUCUGAGGGAAAUCCGGCAAACGCCUGAGUUUGAGCAGUUUCACAAUGAAUACUUCUGUCCACUUAGACAGUGGCUGACAUGUAAAAUACACUAUGUUCUUGACAAGCUAGGCAGCUCCUGAGGCUGUAUCAGUGUGCAGUGGACUAACAGUAACAACAACUUCUCUGAGCAAAACUUAUUUCGGCUGUUUUUACAGUUUUUAUGUUUUGUACCUUUUUAAUGUGGUUUAAAAGUAUUUCAGGAAAUUUUAUUCAGUUUUUAUUUAAAGUGAAACAUGCUCAUGAAAUUAUUGAAUUUAACAUCCAAAGUAAUAGGUGUGGCAUGAAAGAAAUAUUUUAAAUUAAUGGAAAGUUUUAUCCGGUGUUCAAGAGUAUUGUAUUCUUGAGUGAGUGCACAACAUUUUGUCUCCAUUCAUCCCCCGGUGACAUUGAGAUUCAAAAGACUCUACAGACAUGAAAAAUUGUUUUGUUAAAUUGAUCUUGUGUAUUUUCAAAAUUGUAUUUGCUGCAAAAGGCAUUGUUUUGGGGGUUGGUAGUUUGGUAUUUACACAUACUGCAGUGAUGUCAAUAUUCAGUUUAUUAGAAAUUAUCAGUUAAGUCUAUAAUAACUAGUACCAGGUUCAUUGGGGAUGAAUAUUUUUGGAGAUUUUUUUGCUUGUCCACUGUAGUUUGGAGGGAAAAGUGGCAGAAGUCUUAGAAAGUUAUUGGAAAUUGCAUUUAAACUAUGCAAAUGCAACUGUUAUAACUAAAUUCUCCAACCAACUGAAAGGUUUUCAGGUAGAGGAGACUUGAAAUGAUGUAAAUAAAAGUAGGAGCUUUCUCUUACUUUUUACUUACUGUUUUGAAAGUAGGGAAAAGGGAAGUUAAUGAAAGGUGAUGUUGUCACUUUUGGUCUAGAUUCAUAAAAUUGUCGUGUUGCGAUGAUCUGAGGUAAGGAAUCAAAAGACAUUGGAUAACUGCCUAAAUGCUUUCAUUUUUGGCGGUUCUAUAUGCUUAUUCACAUGAAGCAAACUGAAAUUUAUCAAUAUAAGAGACUUUUAACUGUGAUAUUGAAUUAUACCUUGUCAAGUAACUACUCAUUUACAAUAAUGUUGUCAAUAUUCAAAAUUUUAUAUUUUUCUUCGUAAAAACAUAAGAUGGUUCAUGGGAAAAAUCAUUAGAAUUAAUUUUCUGUUUUUAUGUACAGGCUCGUGUUUAAGGAAUUCAAUCACAAAUAAUGAAUUUUGGACAUAGAUACUUUUCAGUGGAGCAGAUACAUAGGAUGACAAAGUUAGUAUUUGCAGUCAACAAGUGACAAUUGCAAGUUAGAAAGUCAAAGAGUUAUGUUGAGAAUAAUAUAAAAUAUAGAUAGUACAAUACUCAGACAUUCAAAUAACUGUUUCUCCAAUGUCCAUCGAAAAAUCACUUUGCCUCUUGAUUGUGCACUCUUGAUCAGUUGACUGCCACCAGUAAAUACAAUCAGGAACUAUCACGUAGCCAUUGAGGUAAUUUCAAGAGAUUUCAAGAGUGUAUACUGGUCAUAUGUGCCAACAACAUUGACAUUUGAACAGAGAUGUUUUUGGUCAAUAUGCUUAAUUGAACUUUGGGAAUACUGCAUGUUUGAGAAGCACAAUAGUAUGAUUUUUUUAAAUUGGUGCAGCACACAAUAUUUCUCCCCCAAUUUGACAUCUGAUGUAUGUGGGAAAAGCAGCAAAUGUAUUGGGAUAUUUCCCUUUCUAAACAUGAGGAAUCCUGUCCGUACCCUCAUGUGGUAUAAAAUGGAGCUGGUGUUUCUCCUCAUCCUGUUCCAACAUUUUGCUUUUCUUGGGGGUCUAUAACAGUUACCACAUGUGCACUGAUUUUAGGAAAUGAGACAUUUAUGCACAAGAGUUGUAAUGUGUGAGGAUGAGAAAAAUAAGCUGCCCAUCAAUAUUUAAUGGUGCCUUCUGAUUCAAAUGGUUAGAAUUGUGGAUUUAAUCUAAACCUUUGAAACUUACAUAUUUCAUUUUCUAACUUAAACAUGGGAUAAUCAGAAGAUAAAUCUUAAAAAUGGGAAUUAUUUGUUUUUGAAAUAUAAAACAAUAAACACAUCUCAAGGUGCUUCAUUGGAGCAUUGUUAUGCAAAGUAUUAUAUUGAGCAACAUAAAAAAAGAAAGGACAGAUGAACAACUGCCAAAUUAAUGAGAUAGGUUUUACAAAACAACUUUAAAAAUAGGAGAUAAGUUGAGAGGUGGAGAAUUAAAUGAAGAAAAUUCCAGAGCUCAAGGCUCCUCCCCUCCACUAACAAGCAGUUUGACCCUGAAGUCACCCUGAUUAUAAACAACAAAAUUGCCCUCGAUAAGAUCAAUACAGGAGCAAAAUGCAAUGUCCUGUCCUUAUCUGAAUUUAAACGGAUACGUAAUGCUGAGCAUGUUGAAAAAAAUACGUCCACGUUACGGGCCUAUGGGGGUGAGGUUCUGUACCGAAUUGGAGAAACUGAAUUGAACUGCAUCGUAGACUCCCAGUGUCACCCACUCAAGUUUUUUAUUGUCCAAGGGGAAUCUGCAACUCUGCUUGGCAUCAACACAUGCCACGAUCAAGGCCUAGUCUCCUUUGGGCCUGCUGUCCAUCAAGUCUCUCACACUGAGGGCUCCACUCAGCAGAUACUCUCACAAUAUAAAGAAUUGUUUGACAACGAGCUUGGAAUGCUCCCCCUCAAAUACAAUAUUGCCGUGGAUCCAAAUAUCACUCCUGUGGUCUGAGCUCCACACCAUAUUCUGCAUGCCAUGCGCGACAGAGUACACAAUGAGCUCCAGCGGAUGGUGUCCUGGGUGUCAUAGCUACGGUUACUGACCCAUCUGACUGGGUUUCCACCAUGUUGGUUGCAACGAAGAAAAACAAGGAAGAAAUCCGAAUCGACAUCAACCCCAGAGACGUAAACACAGCAAUCAAACGCCCACACUACCCAAUGCGAAUGGUAGAGGAUGUUGCUGCUCAGAUAGGCAGUGCAUCUGUGUUCUCCGUUCUUGAUGCCAAAAGCAUGUAAUGGCAGAUCCCACUUCUGACACCAUGUAACAAAGCCAGUCAUACGCACGUCAGGGUACAACUCAUUUAUUAACGUCUACUCACAGUAUACUUCAGCAUGGUGUUACAGCAAGCUUAGCAACUACUCAGACUAAUUACAUGAACUGAUUUCUGAUAAUAUAAACUGCAUAGUAGGCGGAGCUCUACUAACAAGCACUACAAUUGGUUAGUAAGAAAUAACCAAUCCACAAGGCUUAAGUGCUUAAAGGCAUGCCUUGGUGGAGCAAAAGGAACAGGAGGAGCAGACAGCCUGUAGGUUUGCAGAAGGCUUGGGAGAUAAGGAACGGUAGGACAAUUAUGGAAUCUGAACAUCAGCAUGAACUGCAGUAAUAAAAGCUAGUCAGUGAGCACAGUGUAACCGAUAAAAGAGACCUGAUGUAAGUGAGGAUUUAGGGAGUUGGAAGAUGAGAAGUUGCCCUUGGGAACUGAGAGUUUUUACAAGCUAACUAACAUAGCUUCUCUGGUAUAUUUAAAAUAUUAUAAAAAUGCACUCAUUUGUUUCCUUGCACCUUUAGCUGAUAUGCAGUAAUUAUUUUAUGACCAUUAUUUUAUUACUUCACAUACAGUUUCAACAUUCUUUAAGAGAUAAGAAAGGCAGGAUCUUCACAUUGAUUGAUGGGCUCCUGGGAAUGCUGUAGAGCAGAGGGAUCCAGGAGUACAGUUACAUAGUUCCCUGAUAGUGGUGUCACAAGUAGAUUGUGUGGUAAAGGCUUUUGGUACAUUGGCCUUCAUCAGUCAGGGUAUUGAAUAUAGAAGUUGAGACAUUAUAUUAUAGUUGGACCAGACAUUAGUGAGGCCCCAUUUGGAGCAUUGUGCUCCGUUUUAGUCAUCCUGCUAUAGGAAGGAUAUCAUUAAUAUAGGAUGGGUGUAGAGAAGGUUUAUGAGGAUGUUGCCAGGACUUGAGCAUCUGAGCUACAGGGAAAGGUUGGGCAGGUUAGGACUUUAUUCCUUGGAGCUGAGGGGUGACCUUGUCUCUAAGAUUAUGACGGGAUAGGGUGAAUCACAAGGUCUUUUACCCAGGGCAGGGGAAUCAACAACCAGAGGAUGUAGGUUUAAGGUGAGUGGGGCAAGAUUGAAUAGGAACCUGAGAACAACUUUUUCACUCAGAGGAUGGUGGGUAUAUGGAACGAGGUGGCAGGUGAGGCACUUGAGACAGGUACUAAAACAGCAUUUAAAAGACACCUGGACAUGUACAUGGAUAGGAAAGAUUUGGAGGGAUAUAGGCCAAAUGCGGGCAAAUGGAAGUCGUUUAGAUGGGAGAUCUUGGUCUGCAUGGGUGAAUUGGGCCAAAGGGCCUGUUUCUGUGUUGUACGACAGAGUCAAAAUACAAUGAAUAGCAAAUAGUAAGUGCUGAAAAGCAAGUAAAUAAUUAGGUCUAACAAAGUUGUUCAUAUCUAACAGAAUCUGUCCCUGUACUGGUCUGUAAAUUGAGUAAUUUAGUAUUUUUGUACAGACUACUUAAUGUUGGCUUAAAAUCUAUCUUAAUCAACAAACAAAAUAGAUUAAUAAACGAGGAAUGCAUUGGGCAAUUCAAAUUUCUCCUAAUUAAGUUUUACAGAAUAUAGAUAUUUUAAAAUCAGAAACCAAAACAAUUCUAAUCAAUAUGUGCAGUAUUUAUUGGUAACUCCAUUGAACUGUAAUUAAAACAAAGGCAACGGUAUAUUAAAAUACAGUUUAAAAAACACAGACUGAUCAGGAAUAAGAAAAAACAUCCCUUUAAAUUAUUAGCAGGAUCUUUAGAUCCAUCUUUAACUUUUUGAUCCUGAGCUAAUUGUGAGAAUUUUAGUAAUUGUAGGCUUUUCCAAUAUUUUUGCGGUGCAGCUUACUUUGGAAGUUUUGAUACUGAACUUGUUUCACCCAUAUGCCCUGCCAAGGGGAGAUGUUUUUUUAGCAUCAAGUCCCCCCAAAAGUAUUUUUCGUAGGUGAUGUGCUGACAUGUUCAGCAGAGAUGAUUGGGCUGACUAAGGACACCUCAUCAUAUACCAAUAUUAUUAUUGGUAAGUAAGGCAAGAACACUUAUGCUUUGAGUCACUGUUCCUGCUUGCGUUAAUGGACAUGUUUGCGAUUGAAGAGGAGCCAACUACAAAUGGAAUUCCCAUAUAUGCAAUGCAAAACUGGGACCACAAUGUCAUCCUUUCUGAAGUGCUCCCAACAAAAUUAUGAGAGAAUCAAAACAAAUGAUUAUAAAUGUAAAUAUAAUUACUUAUGAAAAAGGAGUUUCCUACCAUUUGGCCCUUUCUGCCUGCUCCAUCAGUCAUCAAGAUCAUGACUGAUUUUCUACAUCAUUUUCAUGCACUCCCCAUAUCUCUUGAUUCGCUUGAUUUCCAAAAAAAUAUUGAUCUCUGUUUUAACUAAACUCAAUGAAUGGCCCUCCGCAUGCCUUUGGGAGAGAGAAUUCCAAAGAUUUCGUCUCUACUGCAGGAAAAAUUCCAUCAGUUUCAAAUAACUUACCUCUUAUUCUAAGACUCUGACUGCUGCUUCUAAACUUAUCAGACAAGGACCGUAUUCUCUUUGCAUCCAACCUAAUUUCAAUGAGGUUUCUUCUCUUAAUCUAAAUGCUGGAGCAGGGGUUUCAGACUGUUUUUCAGUUGACCUGCUUUAAUCGAAUGGUUCGCUCACACAAUCCAAUAAUAACAAAUUUUCUGAUCUGCAAAUCAAUUAUUCUUUAAAGAAGUGGAGAUGGUGAUCCAUUUGUUAAGCAUCUUAUGACAGAACCAGAGAUCUAGGCAUCUCUUUGAAAGCCGACAUUCAAGAGAAUAUAAGCCUAGUCUAUUCACUCUUUUUACUAUUCACACUCAGAAAGCAAACCCACCACUAGCAGAAACACUCUAGUAAAUCUUGGCUGACCUCUCUGUGAAAAUGUAAUCCUAUUUUAGGGUAAGGAGACCAAAAUGGUACAAAAUCCUGCGACUCGGAGUGUAACUUUGAAUGGCAUGUUGGCCUUCAUAACAGGAGGAGUUGAGUAUAGGAGCAAAGAGGCCCUUCUGCAGUUGUACAGGGCCCUAGUGAGACCACACCUGGAGUAUUGU